AUGCAGACCCGAGAGGAGCAGGUGACCUGGGCUACCUUCAGGACGAGGUUCCUGGAGAAAUAUUUCCCGGACAAUGCGAGGCAUGAGCGGGAAGUAGAGUUCCUCACGUUGCAGCAGGGAACCAUGACUAUGGAGGCAUACAUUGAGAGAAUCAAAGAGUUCCCGGUUUUGGUCGAGCAGGCCAAAAUAGUUGAGCAGCUGGAGAUGGGGCCCAACAGAGCAGCACGGUCACAGAAGGCUGUGACAGACACUCGUCAACAGAAGAAGCCUUAUCGUAGGCCACCGACUACCUCCAGGAGGCUACAGUGCUAUAACUGUGGCGGAGAGCACUUGAGGAGAGACUGUACUAGACCUGCCAGCAGUACAGGUGGAGGUAGUGGCACUGUGUUGUUUGACUCGGGAGCCACUCAUUCAUUUUUGUCUAAUGAAUGUGUGAGGAGGCUUGGACUUACGAUGCAAGAGUUGGGGUGCGAGCUUUUAGUCACGACGCCAGCGUCUGGAGACGUAUCCACCACUUCUAUGUGCGUGGGGUGCCCUAUGGAGGUGGCAGGCCGCAGGUUCACGCUGAAUCAUAUUUGCCUGCCGAUGGAGGGUCUGGAAAUGAUACUGGCAGUGAGAGAAAUUGAGGCUGGGGCUACAUGUUAUAUGAUAGUGGCUCAUGCGGAGAAGAUGAGCACGACCGAGAAGAUCAGCAGGAUUCCGGUAGUGGAUGAAUACGCAGACGUAUUUCCGGAUGAGAUUCCAGAGUUGCCGCCUAGUAGGGAUGUGGAUUUCUCCAUUAUCUCAUCCCUGGCGCUGGGCCAGUUUCUAUGGCAUCGUACAGAAUGGCGCCUGCUGCGUUAG